AUGAAUGAACCAAGGCAUCCAUCAGUGUUUCAGAAGCUUCAUGGACAAUCCUCCUUUAUUAGUAUACUCUCUCCGAGUGUGCAAACUCGUAAUCACAGCGUGUCUGGUGCUUAUGUCAAUGGAGGCUUGCAGAGUCUAUUACAGUCAAAUAAUCAUGACACUUUCAUUAUACCACGUGGUUCAGUUCCAGUACUUGCUCAAGCGCCUACCGAGAAAACUAGUACUGGUUUCUUGAUCGAUUUCCUCAUGGGAGGAGUCUCGGCUGCUGUUUCAAAGACUGCAGCCGCGCCUAUUGAGCGUGUGAAGCUCUUGAUUCAGAACCAAGAUGAAAUGAUAAGAGCAGGGCGUCUCUCUGAACCAUACAAAGGAAUCACUGACUGUUUUAGCCGUACAGUCAAAGACGAAGGCAUGCUCUCUCUUUGGAGAGGCAACACUGCCAAUGUUCUUAGAUACUUCCCCACUCAGGCUUUGAACUUUGCGUUCAAAGACUACUUCAAACGUCUGUUCAACUUCAAGAAAGAAAAAGAUGGAUACUGGAAGUGGUUUGCAGGUAACUUGGCGUCUGGUGGUGCAGCUGGUGCAACGUCUCUGCUUUUCGUCUACUCUUUAGAUUACGCACGUACCCGUUUAGCCAACGAUGCCAAAGCAGCCAAGAAAGGUGGCCAGAGGCAGUUUAAUGGCAUAGUUGACGUGUACAAGAAGACUAUAGCCUCUGAUGGUGUUGUAGGGCUAUACCGCGGUUUCAACAUCUCAUGUGUUGGUAUCAUCGUGUACCGUGGGCUCUACUUUGGUUUGUAUGAUUCCUUGAAGCCUGUGGUUCUUGUAGAUGGUCUUGAGGAUAAUUUCUUGGCGAGUUUUCUGUUGGGAUGGGGAAUAACCAUUGGAGCUGGACUGGCGUCUUACCCGAUAGACACAGUGCGUAGAAGAAUGAUGAUGACAUCAGGGGAAGCAGUGAAGUACACAAGCUCUAUUCAGGCCUUUAAUCAGAUUGUGAAGAAAGAAGGGGCCAAGUCGCUUUUCAAAGGUGCGGGUGCCAACAUUCUUCGUGCUGUUGCAGGGGCUGGUGUGCUCGCUGGAUAUGACAAGCUUCAGCUUCUUGUGUUUGGCAAGAAGUACGGCUCUGGUAGUGGCUAA